AUGAAGAUGAAUUUUGCGGCACCUGAAAUUGUUACAAAGGAAAAAGAUGUCGGAAUUGUGAUUGCUGGAAUGACUGUUUGGCUAAGUGAUAUCGAGCCUGCUCCUCCGAAACACACAGAAAUUCUAGGACGACCACUGCAACGGGUGGCACUUUAUGUCUUAAAAAGGAUGAAUUUAGUGCCAGAACAUGUGGAAACUCGACCCUUGUAUAGCGCAAUUAAUCCGGAUAUUCAGUGCGGCAAACUGGAAAUGUUCGUCGACCUGUUUCCGCACUCAAUAGGCCCGGUUCCUUCGCCUCUCAAUAUAUCGCCACGUCGGCCGCACAAAUUCCAGCUACGUGUUGCAGUCUGGAGUGUCCGUAACGUGAUCCUGACUAAAAGAACGAUGGGAAAACCGGUUAGUUAUGGACAGAUUUCUUGUUUUACGGAUCAUUAA